GAGAAGCCGAAGAGGAAAGAUGGGCUUUUUUAGCACCUCUUUGUGAAAAAAAAGACUACCUGUAAGACCGAGACGAUGAUGAUGAUAGAGAUGUUAAAAGUCAUAAGACUUUUUUGCACCUCUUUGCGAAAAAGUAUGACCGUAGGCCACUUUUCCGUCUCUCUCUCUCGUUCAGUCUUUCUUUUUAUUAUUGUAAUGCGAUUGAUAGGGUGGAGUUAAAGCAAAGGUAAGAAAACAGAGAGAGAGAGAGAGAGAGAGAGAGAGAGAGAGAUUGAAGGAGGAGAAGAUUUUCUUUGAAACUUUUUCAGUAGAUGAAAUAGUUGUAAGUUCAGUCAAGUUCUGAGUCUGUUUUUAGAAGUUUCCGUGUUUAGUUAAUUUCUUGUUCUCUUUCAUUAAUUGUAUAAUAAAUUAUGGAGAAUUUCAACAAUUCUCUUAUUGAUUAUGAUUAUAAUCAUUAUCCACAACCUUAUCCUCAUCAUCAUCCUUAUCAUUUAAAUUACUUUCAAAACAGUUCACUUGACCAACUUGGUGGUAAUUUAAUUCAACAACAACAACAACAACAACAUUCAUACCCUUUGUCCCACCAACAUCAACCACCUCAUCAACUAUUCAAUCAACAAAACCAUUUAGUGCAUUUUGAUAAUAGUAAUCAUCAUCUCUAUCAUGAUCAUCAUCGUUUCCAAACAACACCUUCAUCAUCUGAUGAUCAACAACAAAAUCUAAUUAAAGCAUCACCACCUCUUUUACCACCAACUACAAUUAAAAGUGAAAACAUUGACCCACCAAUCAGAUCAACUCCAUUUACACCUUCAGCUACUUCAUCCUCAUCUUCAUCUCCAUCCACCACAUCGAUAACCACGUGUUGGAAAUCAGCAACAUCGACCUCAGGUCAACCCUCUUCGGGGAAAACAAGAACUCGCGAUAAAUAUCGAGUUGUUUAUUCUGAUCAUCAAAGGUUAGAAUUAGAGAAAGAGUUUCAUACAUCAAAAUACAUAACAAUUAAGAGAAAAGCGGAAUUGGCGGUGAAUCUCCAGUUAACGGAACGACAAGUGAAAAUUUGGUUCCAAAAUAGAAGAGCCAAAGAGAGGAAACAAUUAAAAAAGAAAGAGGAAAAAUGUUUCAACAUUUAUUAAUUCAGGUUACAUUUCACAUUAGAAAACACGGAAGUGGCCUCAUCUACUAAUUUAAUUGUCUUGUUUAAUUAAUUGUGAACAUAAAUUACAAUCAAUUUCUUUGUCAA